CAUUGUACACAUGACACUGAUACUCCAUAGAGUUUAUGAGGGAAGCAGGCACCUCUGAAAAUGUAAUUAUAAAUCCUCUCGGACUGCUGCAGUGUUGACCGGGUGUUAAUUGGAGUGGUAAAUGAUUCUUUUUACAUUUACAUGGAGUGAAUACCUGUGAUCUACUGUUGAAAAAUUCAUUUGUUUUGAAUAACAUUAGAUUGCUGCCUCUAUUGUUAUGACUGGACAGGUAACGUGUGCUCCACGUUCAAGUGAUUGGAUCUGGAUCAAGAGUUGAGACGAUUUGUCCUGUACAUAUAGCUGUUGUAUAUUGUACACAUGUGAAAUACACCUAGAAUCUCCAGCUAGUCUUAAAUACCUCUGACAGAGGAGAGUAGGAUUGGUACAAUCCGUUAUAAACUCAUUAAGUUUGGAUUUAUACCUGUGAACACACCAGUAGAGGAGAAAGGCAAAGAUAGGUAGAGAUACGCUCACAGUCUUGGGAUUAUUGAUGUCCGUAGCAGUGCGUAUCAGUAUUAAAUGAUCACAGAAUCGCAAAAACACUCUCGCCUCUGAUCAUGCUCUCUAAAAAGCUGCACAGCAAACAGUCUUCUGAGAGCCAGGUACGGUUUGACAUGACGGAGAAAGUGAUGACUAUGGGGGAGGAAGAGGCCUUUAAAAUGAGGGCCGGGAGGAAACGGCACAGUGUACAGCUGGACAAACGCAUCACACAGCAGUUACUGCAGGCUGACAGGAGGUCCAGUAAUGCCAGCUCAACAGGGGAGAGUGUUGAAUCCCUAUCGUCCUACACUGGCAGUUCCUCAGAGGAAGAAGACAUCAACCCUAGAGAAAAAGUACAGAAAAAUGGCAAGGGAGGAACGGACUUCUGUGUUCGCAACAUUGAAAGUGCAGCAUUCGGGCGGAGGGAGAUCGAGAUUGCAGAGCAAGAAAUGCCUGGGCUGAUCGCUUUGCGACGAAGAGCUGAGUCUGACAAGCCUCUAGUUGGAGCUAAGAUCAUUGGCUGUACACACAUCACUGCACAGACUGCGGUACUCAUUGAGACGCUCUCAGCGUUGGGCGCUACAAUCCGCUGGGCGGCCUGCAACAUCUACUCCACACAGAAUGAGGUCGCUGCUGCCCUGGCUGAAGCAGGAUUCCCUAUAUAUGCCUGGAAGGGAGAGACAGAGGAAGAUUUCUGGUGGUGUAUUGACAAGUGUAUCAACACAGAUGGAUGGCAGCCAAAUAUGAUCCUGGAUGAUGGUGGAGAUGCAACCCACUUGAUGCUGAAGCGUUAUCCGGCCAUGUUCAACAUGAUCAAGGGUAUUGUGGAGGAGAGUGUGACCGGUGUCCACCGUCUCUACCAGCUGUCCAAGUCUGGCAAAUUGACCGUCCCCGCAAUGAAUGUCAAUGACUCAGUCACCAAGACCAAGUUUGACAAUCUUUACAGCUGCAGAGAAUCCAUCCUAGAUGCAUUGAAGAGGACAACUGAUGUUAUGUUUGGAGGGAAGCAAGUCGUUGUCUGUGGAUAUGGUGAGGUUGGUAAAGGUUGUGCCUCGGCCCUGAAGGGACUUGGUUGUAGUGUAAUGGUAACAGAAAUUGAUCCAAUCUGUGCCCUCCAGGCCUGCAUGGACGGCUUCCGUGUGGUAAGGCUGGAGGAGGUUGUCAGACAAGUUGACAUUCUCAUCACAUGCUCAGGAAAUAAGAAUGUGGUCACACGUAGUUUUAUGGAUCGCAUGAAGACCGGCUGUAUUGUAUGUAACAUGGGUCACUCUAACACAGAAAUCGAUGUGGGAAGUCUGAGAACCCCAGACCUGACCUGGGAGAAAGUAAGGUCACAAGUGGAUCACAUCAUUUGGCCUGAUGGCAAGAGAAUCAUCCUUCUGGCUGAGGGUCGCCUUGUGAAUCUGAGUUGCUCCAGUGUUCCAUCAUUUGUGGUGUCCAUCACAGCUGGAACUCAGGCACUAGCAUUGAUAGAGCUGUAUAAUGCUCCUGCUGGCAGGUACAAGCAAGAUGUCUACCUCCUACCAAAGAAAAUGGAUGAGUAUGUGGCCAGUCUACAUUUACCAACGUUUGACGCCCACUUGACAGAACUCAAUGAUGAACAAGCAAAGUAUCUGGGACUCAACAAGACCGGACCAUUCAAGCCAAAUUACUACAGAUACUGAGAUCCUAUGCCACCUCACCACCAUUCCAUGACUCCAGGACAACCCGUCAUAAUCAAACAACAGGAAGUGGGCAUUCCAAGUAACCAGGACUACAGUGAUACAAGGAAAUAGAUUUAUUGGUUACUGUUGUCAUGGUUACACUGUAAAUUUGUGGACACCCACACAAGAAGAGCCUGUUAAUAUGAUUUUUAAUGAACAACGUGAUUUAGAAUAAUAUUGUUUAUUUUGUUUGUAAUCUGAUAUGAAUUAUUUGAGGUUGUCUAAUAGAUAAUGAAAUGUGUAUGUGUUUCCUAGAAUCUGAAUUUUAAAGGUAUGAUAGUGGAGUGUCUAUUAUUCUUAUCGUAAUUUCCUUAAGAUUUCUGUUCAUGUUGGCAGAGGUAAUUUUUGAAAUGAUAUUUAUUUACAAGCAGACUUGUUGAAAGGGAAAUAUGUCAUUUUUUGAAAUAAUUUUUAUUCUUGUUGGGUGUCAAGGUAGAGAUUUCAGUUAGCUGUGAUAUGGAAAACUAGACAACCCUUCCAAAAUUUUUAAUCAAAAUUGAUCAAACAUCUGAAGUUUAAAACAAUCAUUAUUUUUCCGUUCUUAUGAAAUAAUGAUAUAUCACUCAAAAAUUGUUUAUCUCCCUUCUCAUGAAUUUCAUGUGAAACUACAUCAGAAUUAUACUUUACCCUAUUUAGUAAUGGUUUCCCUGCCAAUCAGUCAUUUAGGAAACCUGAAAUAUUGUUAACUUUGAAAUACCUAAAUACUGAAUAAUUUUUUUUUCACUCAGCUAAUCCCAAUCCCAUUGAAAGUCUUAGGAAGUGAAAUGUAAUACUCCUCUUGCCAAUGUCAUUUCUACUUAAACAAUAAAGUUACAUGAUAGAUAAAAAAAACACUUUUGGAUAAUAAAUAAAGGUUUAUCUGUUCUUCAAAACCUAGAUUAGAUCAAAAGGAUAAACAAAUAAACAAAUUAAUGUUUAAACAACAACUGAAAUCAAACAGAUGUCUGUUAACUAGCACUUUGACAUUGGGACAACAGAUUAUAAUAGCAACUAUUAUUAUAUUCUUUUGUAGAGUGUAGCUUUAUAAGAUAAGAAAAAUAUGGUGUUAUUGAUUAUUUAGGUGAUGGAUUAGUAUUUUGUUAUUCUGUACAUUGAAAAAAAAUCAUGAUUUUUACUUAACACAUGAAGCCCACAGUUGUGUAUAUAUAUACUUAAUAAGUAACAUGUUUUGAGAAAUGGGCGUUGACAUGGAUUGUAUCAAAGUUAGUGUUGAUACAUAUUACAGAAUUAACAAUUUGUCUGUCAAUGAUAUACUGGUAUUUGUAGUUAGUAAAUUUUCACUUGGCUAAUAUUAGAAGUUCCCUGUUAUAAAACGUACUUCAAUAUGUGGCUUUCACUUACUUACAAAUCAUCAGAUUUAGAAACAGAUCAGAGCUGAAAUCAGGCAUUUUUUAAAUUCCUGAAAUAUUGGAAGCAUGAAAAUGACUCCUUUCAUCUUUGAUUCAAUUCCAAAUGACAUCAGUUUAGGAAAAAUACUGAUUGAUACUAUGGUAAUGUAUUUUCAUCUUUCUGAGUUUGAAUGAUCAGAUUUGAGAAGGAUGGUAUUAAAGAGAUGAGAAAUCACUGACAAGCUGUAGUUUGAUCAUUUUAGUGUUUAAAACUUCUUUCACACAUUGAUAAGAUAGUGACUUGGUGUUACAUCACGAGAGACAUUUUUCUAUAGUUUAUAGAAUUUUAGUCUUUAUUUAAAAACCAAAUUUAUUUGAAAGGCUCUGUAGUACAGGUCAUACUAGGCACUCCCAACCUGGAUUUAUUUUCUACUAAAUUUUACUAUUCAUAUAAUGUUUUUCCCAUAUACAUGUGUUAUUUUCUUGGUAAAUAUGUGCAGAGAUUUUAGUCUACUGAUGAGAGUACAUCUUACCAUGGAAUAAUUUUUGCUAGAUUUUGAUUAAUUUUCUAUCAAAUUUAAAUUUCAAUCAUCUUCUUCGUGUUUCCAAAAAACAAAUAUAAUUCCAAUAUAUGUGUACAAAAAUAUUGAUGAAUUUUCUCUGAUACCUUGUUUCAAAAUUUAAAAAAAUGUUGGAUCCUCUUGACAAAUACAGAUGAAUCAUAUCUUAAAACAUCAAUAUUGUAACUACCAAGUCGCUAGAUAUAAUCAGUUUGGUAUUUUAUGUCUGUUUCUUUACAUACCUAGGUGCUAGUAGAUGUAUGAGAUUUGUGAUAAAAUGAAAUGAUGUUGAUGUAUAAAUUUUUUGAAAUUAAUUGAUUUUUGAAGUUGGUUACUUUGUACUAUUAGGUGACUUUGAAAUGUCCGUCUUUUAUGUUAGUAUGUCUGCAUUUCUGUACAGGAAGUAGUGAAAGUUUAUUUCAUAUACAAAUUUUGAGAGAAAAUAUUGUUGACUUUUUAAUCAAUGAUAUGGCUUUUUUUCAGAUUUGCAAUAUUUACAAACAGCUGUUUCAAUCAUGAUUCAUGGCAGAGACCAGUGAUGAUAGAGUUAUGUCCCUUUAAAUUUUUUUUUAUUUGUUAAACUAUGGGGAAACUGAAAAGGGGAUUGAACGGUAAUGUUAUAUUUUCCAUUUGUAUGCAAAAAGUCAAAAAAGGUUUUUUAAAUACCACACAAAAUAUUUAAAAAAAUGUCUUUAUUUUUAGUUUAUUUUUUGGGAUUCUUCGUUUCUGCUUGUGUUUAUGAUUGUGAUAAUAAUAACAUGUAAAAAAAUCAGUUUGAGAAUGGACUCUGGAUGAUGUGUGUUUCUAACAUUGUUACAUUUGUUAAAGAUAAACGUCUGGUUUGUAUUUCUGAUCUUGGAUUACAGUGAAAUCUCAGGUUUUAUCAAAAGAUUAUAUCAAUAUUAAGUAAAAAAUAUAUUUAUUGCCUAUUUAAGAAAAAUAAAACAGAUGUAUAAAAAUGGAUUAAUAUGUACAUUUUGUAAAUGUUUCAGAGUGUAAGAUCGGGAGAAAUUUUCUAGAUAAAAUUAUAUAUACCUAUAUGUAUAUACAUGUACUAGUUUGUUUAUCUGUAAAUAAAUUAUGGGAAAUGAUUGCAUAUGGUAGUUCUAGGCAUGUACUCAAGAGAAAUAUUCAUGCUAGCAUGUUGACAUUUGUUGGUAAUAAGUGCUCCUUUAUGUGUAGUAUAUUCGAGAGUAGGUUGUCAGGACGUUGUGACUGUUAACCUUUUUUUGUUUUAUCAGAAAAGCACAGCUGGUUCACUAUCUGUACUAGACACUUGUCGUUGGCUGGAGAUGACACAAGGAUACAUUCAGAUCAUUUCUGUGGGAGUCAGCUUCCUCUCUGCAUUACUCCCACCUUUUAAUCUUUUUUGAGUAAAAAAAAAAAAAAAGAAAAUAAUUUAUCUUUCAGAAACAUUUUCAACCCUUUUAGUGAAAAAUGAGAUUUGUGUGUGUGCAUGAAUCAUAACUAGAUAGCAUAUCACACAACACUCAUGCAUAUUUACUUCUAAAAGGUCAAGGUCAAUUUGUAGCCAAUUCAUGGGGUUUGUAAUGUACUUACAAAAAAUCUUAAAAAAUUCUCCUUUGUUUACAUAAUUAGCCAUGAUGACUCAAAUUCAGUUCCGACUACUUCUGUACAUUAUUUGAGGCAGUCAGCUGAGGUGUAUUUGUUAUAGACCCUUUACUGAUGCUCUUUCCGUGAUUCGGAAACUUCGUAAUCAUGGUUUUUUUCCCAGUGAGAUUUUUAAGACUGCCCAGAAGCCAUAUUAUUUUGUUACCUAGCUGUUUUGGCAGAAUAUCACCUGUAAAAUAUUAAUAUCCAUAGUCAGUUAACGUUUGUCAAUAGCUGAGUGUUAUUUUUGUCAUUUUGUUCAAUCAACUGUUUUUUGGUGUCAAUUUCGUAACCUAGAUCUCAUCAGCUGAUGCAAAAGUUUUAAAUUGAUUCCAAAUUCAGAUUUGUUAAAACAGCAAUGAGAAUUGUUAAAAUUUACAUUUCCUAACUGCAUUUGAUGUAUAUUGGGCCAAUCAUUUAGUUGUUACAUUGAAUCUGAUUGGUUCCAAUUUCUACUAGUCACCGAUCAUGGCCUAUGAGUGUGGUCGUUUCAUAUGAACUCGUUUUGGAGGUUAAUUUAGAAUGAUGACAUGGUCAGUCACUCCAAAAUGAGGAAUACUUUCAUAAAAAUAUGGAAAGAAUAAAAAAUCUUUAGCAAUAAAA